UCCGCGCCUCCGCCCGGGGCUUUCCCGGCGCCGCCCCGGCUUCCCGGGACCCCUCCCCGUUCCCGGGACCCCUCCCCGUUCCCGGCACUGGGAGGAACUGCGGCAGGCCCGGGAAGCCUCAGGAAGGGACUGGGACGGACUGGGAGGAACUGGGAUGAGCCGUGCGCAGUUUGCGUAGCGCUGUGGGCAGGGCCCUUACGCCACCUGCGCAGCGCUGUGGGCACCGGCGUGGCCACUCCGAGCAACUGGGAGCGAACUGGGCUGAACUGGGAAAGGCCUGGGAGGCCUUAGGAAGGCACUGGGAGGAACUGGGAGGAACUGGGAGGAACUGGAACGAGCCGUAGAGCUGAGGGCGAGCCCCUUACGCCAUUUGCGCAGCGCUGAGGGCGCUCCCCGUUCCCGUACGCCAUUUGCGCAGCGCUGAGGGCGCUCCCCGUUCCCGUACGCCAUUUGCGCAGCGCUGAGGGCGCUCCCCGUUCCCUUACGCCAUUUGCGCAGCGCUGAGGGCACGCCCCAUUCCCGUACGCCAUUUGCGCAGCGCCGCUCCGUUACCGUCCGCGGGCGCUCCUUACGCUGCUGGCGUGCCGUACGCCGCUUGCGCAGGCGCGGCGGGGGCGGGCCCGUAUCCCUGCGCGCGCCCGACGCUCCGGUGCAGGCCCGGUCCCGGUCCCGGUCCCGGUCCCGGCCCGGCCCCGUCAGGCCCCGGCCCCGUCAGGCCCCGGCCCCGGCCCCCGGCCCGGCCCGGCCAUGAAGUUCCUGUACAAGGAGGAGCAUCCGUUCGAGAAGCGUCGCUGCGAGGGCGAGAAGAUCCGGAAGAAGUACCCGGACCGAGUGCCGGUGAUCGUGGAAAAGGCGCCCAAGGCUCGCAUUGGGGACCUGGACAAGAAGAAAUACCUGGUGCCCUCCGACCUCACAGUGGGGCAGUUCUAUUUCCUGAUCCGCAAGCGGAUCCACCUGCGGGCCGAGGACGCUUUGUUCUUCUUCGUCAACAACGUCAUCCCCCCCACCAGCGCCACCAUGGGCCAGCUCUACCAGGAACACCACGAGGAGGAUUUCUUCCUUUACAUCGCCUACAGCGACGAGAGCGUCUACGGGGCCUGAGCGCGCGCUGCUCCCGCCCUGCCCGCGGCUCUCCCGGUGCUUCCCGCUCCCGCUUUUCCCGGUUCUUUUCCCGCUUUUUUCCCGAUUUUUUCCCGUUCCCGGUUUUUUUUUCCCGCCCCCUCCCCCCCCCCCCCCCCAAAUAAAAGCGACGGAGCCGCCUCAGGGCCUGGA